GAAUAACGUUAACCUCUCCAUAUCUCUAAACUUGUCUUUUCCCACCAACUGAUCCAAUGUCAAAUAUCUCCUCCGCAAAGGUUGCUAUUUUUCCUUAACCUCUGCAUCUCUGUUUAUUAUUACUGCCUUCCCAAAACCAACAAAAGGAAACAACAACCUUCACUAUUUCUAAUAACCCCUAUUCGCGUUUUGUCCUCCACUUCCAAUAUUCGCGCUAUCAUAUCACUCUCAAAAUGGGGAGAAUGGGACAAGACUCAGACCCCAAGUCCAAGUUGGUAUUAGAGAUUUGCUCCAUUUCCACGCGUUCUGUUGUAUGUGUUCAUCAUGAACUUCUCUCAGAAUCAGCUAACACAACUUUCGUUGACUGGUAUUGCAUUCUUGGAGUGGAAGAAAAUGCAGGGGUGAGUGCCAUCCGUAAGAGGUACCAUAAACUCGCCUUACAAGUUCACCCGGAUAAGAAUAAGCACCCCAAGGCUGAAAUUGCUUUCAAGCUCGUUUCUGAGGCGUAUGCAUGUCUAUCUAAUGCAGCAAAGAGAAAAGCCUUUGACUUGGAGAGAUAUAAGCAUUUCUGCAUCGAGUGCAAAAGAAUUCCGUAUACAUCCAGUAAUGUCCCAGUCAAUUCAGGGGGACCAGGUUUUAGGGCAUGGAAUAUCAUCACAAGAUCAAGAUCUUUUAAACUUUGGAGAAAUAUUAGAGAAAUGAGAGAAAGAUUCAUGGACGAGGCUAAUGUGAUAGAGAACUGUUUGCGAACAAAUUCAAUGUCAAGGAAAGAAUCUCCAGCCCAGAAUCCGGUUGGGUUUCUACAUAGAAGCAAGUCGCUUAAUAGAUUUGAGAAAGAAACCCCUGUUUUCAAUCCGUCGGAUUAUCUGUACCAAGGCUACCCUCACCUGAGGAGCAAUAUUUACAAGAAUUCUUCAACUUUUUGGUACGUGCAGAGAAAUAGUAUGCUUCACAAUGAAAAGGGAGGAGCGCUGCAUGCCUCCCCUGUUUUUGAGGUCCAAUCUAGGAGGUUAUUUGCAAGCAAAUUCGCUUUUGUCCCAUCAAAAUGCUAGUUAGAAAGAGUUCUUUUAACGCAAUGUGAUUAUCAACCUCCGGCUUCUUCUAA